AGUGGAACGAUAAAAAAUAACAAAAUAUUAAUCAUGAAAAUAAAUAAGGAAUGGGAAGCUUCGGGGGAUUCAAAUCAAUCAUGGUCAUGAUGACGUGGAUGGCUGUGAUUCAUUCGCAAAAAACACCAAUCAACGAUGGGUGGGGCCCACUUACGUCCCUUUAUUUAUUUUGAUCAAAUUCCAAACUCCAAACUCCAAACCCAAAACUUUAUCUGAUCAAUCAAAAUAUCUCUCUUCGCCGGGAAACGCCAUGGCCACCGGCACCGUCACCGUCACCGUCACCGUCACCCUCCUCCUAUCUCUUCUUGCUCUAUCUGUAAUCGCCUCCGGUAGCCGGGAACUAGUCGGAGAUGUUCUCCGAUUGCCCUCUCAAGCUUCCAGAUUUUUCCGACCUGCUAAUUCUGCUGCCGACGAUGCUGAUUCCGUCGGGACCAGAUGGGCUGUUCUGAUUGCUGGUUCAGAUGGGUAUUGGAAUUACAGGCAUCAGGCUGACAUAUGUCAUGCUUACCAACUCUUGAAGAAAGGUGGUUUAAAGGAUGAGAACAUUGUUGUGUUUAUGUAUGAUGAUAUAGCUUCCAAUGAAGAGAACCCAAGGCCUGGAGUCAUUAUUAACCACCCACAUGGGGGUGAUGUCUAUAAAGGUGUUCCAAAGGAUUAUACUGGUGAAGAUGUCACUGUUGGGAACUUUUUCGCUGCCAUUCUCGGAAAUAAAACUGCCAUUAAAGGGGGUAGUGGGAAGGUUGUAGAUAGUGGUCCCAAUGAUCAUAUCUUUGUCUACUACUCUGAUCAUGGUGGUCCUGGUGUUCUUGGAAUGCCUACCGUUCCUUACCUUUAUGCUGAUGAACUGAAUGAAGUUUUAAAAAAGAAGCAUGCUUUAGGGACCUACAAAAGCUUGGUGUUUUACCUUGAAGCUUGUGAAUCUGGAAGUAUCUUCGAAGGUCUUCUCCCUGAGGGUUUGAAUAUCUAUGCAACCACUGCUUCGAAUGCAGAUGAAAGCAGUUGGGGUACUUACUGCCCUGGAGAGGAUCCCAGUCCCCCACCAGAAUACGAAACCUGUUUGGGCGAUUUGUACAGUGUUGCUUGGAUGGAAGACAGUGAUGUACACAAUAUGCGGACAGAAACUUUGCAUCAGCAAUAUGAAUUGGUUAAGAAGAGGACAUCCAGUGAUAAUUCUGCUUAUGGGUCUCAUGUGAUGCAAUAUGGGGAUGUUGGGCUUAGCGAAAACAGUCUCUUCAACUAUAUUGGUACAAAUCCUGCAAAUGACAAUUUUACUUUUGUGGACGAGAACUCUUUGAGGCCACCUACAAAAGCCGUUAACCAGCGUGAUGCUGAUCUCGUCCAUUUCUGGGAUAAGUUUCGAAAGGCUCCUGAAGGCUCACCAAGGAAAAUCAAAGCCCAGAAGGAGUUUCUUGAAGCAAUGUCACACAGAAUGCAUUUAGAUGAGAGUGUGAAACUUGUUGGAAAGCUCUUGUUUGGAAUUAAGAAUGGUCCAGAGGUUCUCAACGCCGUUCGCUCUUCUGGACUUCCACUUGUUGAUGAUUGGAAAUGUCUCAAGACACUGGUGAGGACAUUUGAGACACACUGUGGAUCUCUGUCCCAAUACGGCAUGAAACACAUGAGGUCCUUUGCAAACAUGUGUAAUGCUGGAGUGAACGAGAAGAAGAUGGCCGAGGCUUCUGCAGAAGCUUGCGUAAACAUGCCUUCAACCCAUUGGAGUUCUCUGCAGAAGGGAUUCAGUGCUUAAGUGAAGAAGAAGAAGCAUAGGAAGGAAAGAGAGAAGAAAGAAAUAUAUGAAUGAAUGGUGAUUUGUUGAAACAUAGCUGAUUGAUUGCUUUUAUUGUAUGUACAGAUCACAUUCAAGCAAUCUAUACUUGUCUUAUGCUAAUAAUGCAUGAACUAAUAUUGUACUAAACUAAACUAAACUCUACGUAUGUUUUUGUUUAGAAUUGUAUAGUAAAAGUGAAUUGGAAUGAAUUUGUUGCAUUU